UAAAUUUAUUCGUUAAUUUCAUUUUCUUUUAGUUAACAUUGUUUAUUAUCUUUCUCAUUCUCAUUAAUUAAUUGUUCUAAUCAUGUUGAGGAUUCCACAAUCAUCGCUUUUAGAUCCAACCACUAAUAGAAUCAAUGAAACCAUAAGUUCAUCGAAAUGUAUUCCUUUGUUAAGUGUUUCGGUUAACCAGAUUAUUAAACUAUUUGUCCCUUCAAUUGGUUUAAUUGUUCAUAAACAUCUAAUUGGUUUGGUUAAAUUGGUUGGUAAAAUUGUUGAUAAAUCAAUGGAAGAUACUUACAUUACUAUUAAGGUAAAUGAUGGUUCUCAUAUUGAUUGUUUAAAAGUCAUUUGUUACCGUGGUUAUCGUUUUGAUUCAAAUAUCUUAAAUCAAGGUGAUUAUUGUAAAUUUAUUGGUAAAAUUAAAAUGGAAACCAAUGGAUUACCUUGUCUUGUUGUUUAUUCUGUGUCCCCGAUAACUGAAUUUAAUGAAAUCUCGAUACAUUGUUGUGAAAUUGUUAGAGAUUCACUUGAAUUGAGACAAGUUAAGAAUAAGAUUUUCAAAGUUCCAACCGUUCCCAAUACCAGUGGCAUUAGUAAUCAAAAUGUAACCACAAACAUUACAAUUAAUAAUAAUACAACCGAAACCGAAACCGAUAAUAACACAACCGAAGUGACCACUAAUCCUAAUGAAACUGAAGGUCAAGCUAUGAUAGAUGAUACUCCUUGUCCAUCUACAAGUGAAAUAAAUGAAUCGGUUACCGAUAAUUCAAAGGGUCCUGGUGAUUUCCUGAGUCUUAGUGGUUUACAGUCUAGCAUUUUAAAUCUACUCGUUCAGUGUAAAAAACCCGAGGGAUUAUCCAGGUCAGAAAUUCGUAAUUCAUUUCCUACGGUUUCACUUUCUGAGUUCCAGGCAGCCAUGGAUUUCCUUGAUUGCGAGGCUCAUAUUUAUCAUACAAUUGACGAUAAUCAUUAUCAAAGUGUUUGGUUUGCCGAGUAACAACAAACAAGGACAAUCAAUUAAUCAUAAAAUUUAAUCUGCCAAAUCUACAAUCUUAAUCGACAUUUAAUUUAUAUAUAAAAUAUUUAUAAAUCUACAAAUCUAUGAGAGUUACUUGAUAUCUAAAUUGUGAUAAUCCUUUAAACAAUGUGAAACAAUUAGACUUAACUGUUAAUCUAAAUCUUUUUAAGUUAAUCUAUUGUUACUAUUACAAGUGAAUGUAAAAUUUUCCCCAAUCAAUAACCAUUUAUAUUUAUAUAUUUAAUCAUCUACAGUAUUUAAAUUGUUCACCAAUUGUUUGAUAAUAAGAUUUAAUCAAAUCUAAGACGUUCUCAUGUAAAGAUAACUUUAAUUUCUGGGACAUUAUUUAAUUAAAUAAACAUAAUAGGUAGUCCAUUUAUUACCAUAAA